UAUAUUCAUUCUUUCUGCAUUACUAACGUAGAAAUACCUUACUAUCAACAAUGAGCGGAAGAGGCAAAACCGGCGGCAAAGCGAGAGCGAAGGCCAAGACUCGCUCCUCCAGAGCAGGGCUGCAGUUCCCCGUCGGUCGUGUUCACAGACUUCUUCGUAAAGGAAACUACGCCGAGCGCGUCGGUGCCGGAGCUCCCGUCUAUCUGGCGGCUGUGCUCGAGUAUCUGACCGCUGAGAUCCUGGAGUUGGCUGGAAACGCCGCGAGAGACAACAAGAAGACCCGCAUCAUUCCCCGUCACCUGUAGCUGGCGGUGCGCAAUGACGAGGAGCUCAACAAACUCCUGGGUCGAGUGACCAUCGCUCAGGGCGGCGUGCUGCCCAACAUCCAGGCCGUGCUGCUGCCCAAGAAGACCGAGAAACCCGCAAAAGCCAAGUAAACCACCAACUGUGAAUCUAAAACAAAGGCUCUUUUAAGAGCCACCCAUUUUAUCUGAUGGAAAGUGCUUUUUCUUAUUUAACCAUUAAUGUCAUGUUCUCGCUUAAUAAGUGACAUUAUCAUUUAAGCAUUAAAUGUCCAUGUAGAAUAAAUAUAACUAAACAUAAACCAUAA